AUGGCCUUCAAGGAGUCUGGGGAGGCACUGGUAGAGCCUGAAGUGGCUAUCCAUCACAUUCGGGUCACCCUCACCAGCUGCAAUGUAAAGCCCCUGGAGAAGGUGUGCACCAAGGUCAAGAAUCUGAAAAUGAACGGGCCAUUGUGGAUGGUCACUGGAUGUACACUGCUGAUCACCACCAGGAAGACUAGGGGUGGCAAAGGCUCCAAGAUCUGGCACCACUUUCAGCUGUGCAUCCUCAUGUACCUCAUAGACCUCCAAAGCCCAACAGAGAUCAUGGAGUAA